CUCAAGGUGUUCUCCGCACAGCGGAAGAUGGCGACAGACUGAGGGGGCAUGGCCAGCGGGAGCCACGGGGCCGUGCCGCUGGGCGGCCGCCACAGCGGUGCAAAUGAGAGGCGGAAGCGAGAAGCGCACUAAGUAAAGCCCCGUGUCCGCGUCCGGCGCCUGUGGCGCUGCCAGGAGCCAGGUGGACCGCCCGAGCCGGAACUCCGGGAGCAGCGGGUGCGGAGCCAGAGCGGAGCCGGCCCGGGACCGGCCCCGCGAACGGCAGGAGCACAAGCGAAGCCCGAAGGGCUGGGCGAAGGACUGGUCGGUCGGCCUAGGAGGGCGCGAGCGAGGCAGGGAGCGGCGCUGAGCGGGCAGCGGGCGGACGGGCGGGAGAGGAGCGGCGCGGGGCGAGGGGAGCAGAGCGGAGCGCGGCGGUGGGGCCCGCACGGCGGCGCUGAGGGGCGCAGAGCUGCGCCGAACCGAGACGGCCGGAACAGAGUGUGAGCCGGGCAGCCGCCGGCGCAGAGUGAAGUGGCGCGGAGCCGAGGGCAGCUGAGGGGCCCGACACUAUGAGGAGUGCGGCACCGCCGCCGCAGCCGCCACCGCCCCAGUGCCCCGCACCGCCCCCCGCCGGGACGCCGGGCAGCGCCUAGCGGGCCGGGCGGCGGCGCUGAGGCUGCGAGCGAGGGAGCGCGGGAGGGGCGCUGGGACGGCACGAGAGCGCCCCGCGACUCUGGCCUGAGUGGGGCCCCGGGCCGGCCGGCCUGCCUCACCAUGCAGCCCCCGAGGUAGAGCCUGGACGGCGCCGAGGAGCGCGGAGCGGAGCGCAGCCCGCCUGCCCGAGACGGCCGUCCGGCCUCGCUCCUGUCUACUCCCUCCAGCCCGGACCCCCCUGAAAUAUGUUCAGGGGCGCUUGGAUGUGGCCCGGGAAAGACGCCGCCGCGCUGACUAUCUGCUGCUGCUGCUGCUGCUGGGCUCCCAGGCCGAGCGACAAACCUUGCGCCGACUCCGAGCGGGCGCAGCGAUGGCGACUGUCCCUGGCGUCCCUGCUCUUCUUCACCGUGCUGCUCGCUGACCAUCUGUGGCUGUGCGCGGGGGCCCGGCCCCGGGCCAGGGAGCUAAGCAGCGCCAUGCGGCCACCCUGGGGGGCUGGCCGUGAGCUGCAGCCGGUGCCUCCUCGUGCGGUGCUGCCGUUGCCGCCGCCGCCGUCGCCCGGCGAGCCCAGCGCGCCCCCGGGCACCUGCGGGCCCCGAUACAGCAACCUGACCAAAGCCGCCCCCGCCGCCGGCCCCGGGCAGGUCUGCGGCGGCGUCCCAGAGCCCACGGGGCUGGACGCAGCUUGCACCAAAUUGGAAUCUUUGCAGAGACUUUUCGAACCGACUACCCCGGCCCCCCCUCUGCGGCCCCCUGACUCCCCUUCCCGUGCCCGGGCCGAGUUCCCCUCCGCCAAAAAAAACUUGCUCAAAGGCCACUUUCGGAACUUCACUCUCUCCUUUUGCGACACCUACACGGUCUGGGACUUGCUGCUGGGCAUGGACCGCCCCGACAGCCUGGACUGCAGUCUGGACACCCUGCUGGGGGACCUGCUGGCCGUGGUGGCCAGCCCGGGCUCCGGGGCCUGGGAGGCAUGUAGCAACUGUAUCGAGGCAUACCAGCGACUGGACCGACAUGCUCAGGAAAAAUAUGACGAGUUCGACCUCGUGCUGCAUAAAUACUUACAGGCAGAAGAGUACUCAAUCCGGUCCUGCACGAAAGGCUGCAAGGCUGUCUACAAGGCCUGGCUGUGCUCAGAAUACUUCAGCGUGACCCAGCAGGAAUGCCAGCGCUGGGUGCCCUGCAAGCAAUACUGCCUGGAGGUGCAGACCCGGUGCCCCUUUAUCCUCCCCGACAAUGAGGAAAUGGUGUACGGAGGGCUCCCUGGCUUUAUCUGUACAGGGUUGCUGGACACUUCACCAAAGCGGCCGGAAACCAAGUGCUGUGACGUGCAGUGGGUCUCCUGUGAGUCGGAGAAGAAGAAGUUCAAGGAGUCUGAGGCCCCCAAAACCCACCACCAGCAAUUCCACCACUCCUAUUUCCACCACUACCACCAACAGUAUCACCACUACCACCCCCGCCACGAUCCCCCAGGCCGCGUUAGCCACAAGCCCUCCCUGCUGCCGGUCUCUGGGGGAUCCCGCCUCAGCCCCAGCAGGAUCCGGCUCUGUGUCCUUGUUCUCAUGCUCCUCCAUACCAUGGUGUCCUUCUCCAGCAAUCAGGGUGGUGGAGUACUGGGGCUGGAGACACUGCCUGCCCUAGAGGAGGGCCUGACACGGGAAGAGUGAAAGCAGGGAGGGAGGACAGACCUCCAUCACAUACUUACAGCAGCUCCAGCUCCCCCACUGGGGGGGAGGGAGCUCCUCCCAUGGGAGGUAUAGAACCAGGUGGGGGGGGCGGGGGGGAAAUGGGGGACCACACAUCCCCCCAACCUACCCCCACCCCAAAAGUAGCUCCAACAGAAUGGCCAGAGGGCCCCAGGGAGCUGCAAAUCUCAUCCGGGAGAAAAAGAUAGGAGCAGCAGGUGCCCCCUCCCAAGCCCCAUCUGUGAGGCUUAGCAAAAAAUGGGGGGGAAUAGGGGCUGGAAUUGGCCACCCCUGCUGAGAGCCCUGACCCCAGGGAAGGAGGCUGCUCACCCAGCCUUGGCCUUGCAGGGAAUGUUGGGGGGCACAGAGGGGAAAAGCUCUUUUCCCCCCCUCCACAUUCCUUUUGUUGCCAAGAUCCUUAAUUCCCUCCUGCCCAUAUCCCUACAGGCGACGGCAGACAGUGCAUUGGCCCUCCUGCCACUACAGUGCACCUCGCCCCACAUGGGGCCACCACAGGUGAAAUACCAGGCUGGGACAUGAGGUGCACACAGUUGCAGCUAGGUUGGGGCCCCAGUUAAGCUGUGCCUCACCACCCUAGGCAAUGAGGGGUAGGAAUGGGGUAUGGAAUAAGUGGUAAAAGAGAAUGAAGAUAGGGAAGCAGGAGAGGAGAGGAGAGACACUUACAGAGGGCCUAGAGAGAUGGCCAAAUGGGCUACUGCCAGGUGGCUUUGGGGAGGUGAAUGAUUAAUGACGAGACAGAUACAGAACUGAUCCCCAAAUCAGAGAGAAUUGCAGAAGGAGCCCUCUGGAGAAAGAGCAUAGGAACUGAGUUGUUGGGCCAAAAAUCAGAAGGCUGAGGGCAUGUAGUAGGACUGCCGCUGUCUGAAGGGCCAUAUCUUACAGAAGGUGCACAUACUCCCAAGGGCCACUCUUGCCCUGGAGAUCUUGGCCUUGGGGCCAAAGACCUUUCAUUUCCGAUCUCCAUGGGGAGGAGGGACUUGAACCCAAGUGGGUCAGGCCUGGCCUGGGUCCUCAUACUCCCCCAUCCUGUCCUAGCCCAGGCCUCCAUGAAGGAGAACCUGGAGGCCUUGCCCCAGAACUCUCCAGAGAUGAGCCUUCCCUGUCCCCACCCUGUCCCCUUCCCCAGCCUACCAAAGAGUAUUCAUCCCUUCCCAUCCCUACCCCCAUGGGCUAUUAUCCCAAUUGUGGAACAACCAAACUCCUCUUCACCCUAUAGUGGGUCCCUUACUCCAGUCACCCCUGUCCCUUGCUGGAGAAAGUCCAGAGUAGGGGAAGAAGACCUUUUGACUAAAGAUAAUGUGCUGUUUUCCCUUGGCUAUAAGACUUGAAUGUUUAGUCAGGCUAGAGGGUUGAAUGAGAAAAGAGAUAUUGGGUUCCCUGUGGGCGCUAUUAGCCUUAUAUUGGUCAUCUGAGAGGGGGAGGCCACAUUGCCUAGGGCAUCUCAAAGCCAGUCAAAGCUGACAAAAACCAGAGCCAGAACUCUGUGGGCCAGGCCAGGGCCUUCCAGUGCCAGAAAAGCCUGCAUCAUAUGAUGUGAGGCUAGUGAGUGGAGGAGAGGGGUAGCCCUGGAGCUGCAGCAGAAGAAGCUGCAACCAAGAAGAUGGGGUAUGGAGGGAGAGUUGAACUUUGUUGGCUUAGGGAUGAAUGGAAGGCCUCCCUAUUAGAGAAGGAAUCAUUCAGGGGAUCCUGAGGAAUCCUUCCCUGACAGUUUUCUCAUUUCUCACAGCCCGUUCCCUCUUGCCCCAUGCCCUACCCACACACACCCCUUUUUGGCCCUCAGCACUUUGGGCCUGGCCACAUACCCCAUCCCUACAGUGCUCUUUUCAGCUGGGGAGGGGAAGAGGUGCUGGCAUCUUUCCAGACGUGCUUAUGUAUAAGUGAAGGGGCAGGUGCUUGGGUUCCAGAGAGACCCCAGGUACUGCCUUCUAACACCUGCAUCCUCAGGAGGGGAAACGGGACUGGGCAGUAAAGGGGGCGGCCUUAUGGCCCCAGGGAAUGGACCCUUGGAGACUCUCAUCCUCUCUUUCCCCUCACCAAGUGCCCAGGAGACCCCUGGCUCAGACCAGCCCAAGGCCUUGCCCAGCGGCAGGGGAAAGGGGCACCACGCUCCACCUCAGAGUCAUUUGACUGUCCCCAUUCACUCCACCAACCCAAUCUUCCACCACCUCUUGGGCUGCCCCUGCUGUCUAUCACAGGCAGCAGAGCUGGGCAGCUUUUUUAUGCCAUUUUCUACACUGUGCUUCAUCAGUAGGACUUUCUUGCACUAGUUCCUAUGACUGAGUCUCCAAGCUGGUUUCCUAGUAGUCCCCCCUCCCUUCCUCCCUUACCUGGCUAUGAUUCAGUUGUCUCUGCCCUUCCUCUUACCCCUGCCUCUGUGUUUCAGUGAGAGUCUCUGUAUGUGUACUGCUUUCUGUUUUGUUGCAUUGUGGGGCAGAGGCCUCUCUGCCCUUGUUUAACCCCAUAAAUAAAUGGUAAGACUUGAUGAUAA